AACUUUUCGAUUACACUGUAUAUAUAACGCGAAAAAAUCUUCUGUGGUUCAAAUGCAGUUUGACAUAUUUGACAUGUUGUUUUUGGUUAUGUUUUAUUUGUAUUUAGAAAAUUUUCAAAAUAAAACAAACAGAAGGAAUAUAGGAACAAUUACAUAGCCGAGAAAACUGCUUAAAUGUGAAUUAAAACACGAAAAUAUUCGAUCCCUUCUUGAGGUGUGAAUUUUCAAGACAAUUUACUACUUAUUAAGGAUAAAUGGAUCAUAGAAAUGAACAAAACAGUGGUCUGAAUAGAAAAAGUCAAUGGAAUAAGAACAGAAGAAGAUCUAGAAGUGAUUUUACUUACUCUAAAGAACAAAGUUACAGUAAAACUACCGAAAGUAAAUUUAAAAGUGUUGAGGAAUAUAAACGGGAGUUAACACGGUUUUUAGAAGAACAUGCUAAUAUAUCUCCACCUGAAGAAUUCUGGAUAUUCUACGAUAAAUACCAAAAUGCUCAAAAACUACGUACUUCUAACGAUACCGUUCAAAAUAAAGUACUAAAUAUUGAAUUUAAAGAAAAAAACAUUUUGUUUGAAAAGUUACCUGUGUUAGAUAGACAUGGUGAAAAGUUUAAUAUAUCAAGAAGCAGUUUUGAGCAGUUUUUAUUAAUUAUAAAGAUUUUCCAAGAUUUCCAACAGAAAACUAAGUUUUCCAAGUUAAAAAAAUUGAGAAACGCUCAGAACGACUUGCCAAUUGCUCAGUUUAAGGAAGAAAUAAUUGAUAAAAUACGAAAUCACAAGGUUGUGCUGAUUGCUGGCAAUACAGGGUGUGGAAAGUCAACCCAAGUACCGCAGUACAUUCUGGAAGCUGGUUAUGAGAGAAUAGUGUGCACCCAGCCAAGAAGGAUUGCCUGCAUUUCCCUGGCUAAACGUGUAGCUUAUGAAACUUUAACCGAUUUUAAAUCUACAGUGGGAUACCAAAUACGAUUCGAGAAAACUAAGAGAAGCGAUACAAACAUUAUUUUUAUGACUGAGGGGCUUUUACUCAGACAAGCAUCAGAGGAGGAAACUCUGAAUUCGUACAAUGUUAUAAUUUUGGAUGAGGUUCAUGAGAGGCAUCUGCACGGAGAUUUUUUAAUAGGUAUAAUGAAAUGUUUGUUGUACAAAAGAAAAGAUGUUAAAAUUGUACUGAUGUCGGCCACAAUUAAUAUAGAUCUUUUCAGUACGUAUUUCGAAAAAGACAACAUACAAAUCAUACAGGUUCCUGGUAGAUUGUUUCCUAUUGAAAUUAACUAUCAUCCCAUCAUAAAAGACCCGUUUGAAAAGAAAAGAGACAAGUUUGAUUGUACUCCAUACUUACAAAUACUACAGCUGAUUGAUGAAAAGUACUUGCCCCAUCAGAGGGGUGAUGUGUUAAUUUUUUUAAAUGGAUUUUCAGAAAUAUCAACUCUAGCAGAUGCUAUAAUAGAUUAUAGUGAGCAUAAGAAAAACUGGAUCGUAUUACCGUUGCAUAGCAGUUUGUCUUUAGAGGACCAGGACAAGAUAUUUGAUUAUCCUCCUGAGGGCGUAAGAAAAUGCAUUAUUUCUACAAAUAUUGCGGAAACAUCCAUUACAAUUGACGGAAUUAGAUUUGUUAUAGAUUCGGGAAAAUGCAAUAGAAUGGUGUAUAAUUCGAAUUUGGGGAUCAGUAAGUUGAGUGAAACGAACAUAUCUCAGGAUAGUGCCAAGCAAAGAUGUGGCAGGGCUGGACGUACAGGGCCUGGUAUUUGUUAUAGACUAUAUUCCGAAGAAGAUUUUCGAAAUUUUGUUCCAUUUACACCUGCAGAAAUUCACUUAGUCCCCCUUCAUUCACUUAUUUUGCAUAUGAUUUCCCUUGGACUGAGUGACAUCGAAAAAUUUCCGUUUUUAGAGAAACCCAGUCAAAAAGCCAUCGAAGAAAGCUUGGAGAAAUUGAAAUUUACAGGUGCUUUGAAUUUAUCUGACAAUUGUUUGGCUCUAACCCCGUUAGGAGAUGCCUUAAGUCAACUGCCAGUGGAACUACCAAUAGGAAAAAUGCUGAUACUCUCCACUGUGUUCGGAAACGUUAAUUCGGUUCUAGCUUUGGCAGCUCUUCUGAGCGUUCAGAGCCCGUUAACUCAGAACGCGUACAGGAAUUCUGAGGCUCAGAACUUGAGGAAACCCAUAGAGUCUAAUCAUGGUGAUCCAAUAAGUUUGUUAAAUUAUUAUAAGGAAUGGUUAUCUAUUAAGCAAAUAUCAACCCCGUCGCAUAAUUCUAGUCAAACAAAAACCGAAAAUACUAGAACGUGGAGUAGAAAAAGAUGUCUGGAAGAACAGCGGUUCUACGAAGCUACUAAGUUGCUGGAACAAUUUAGGGAUAUACUACAACAAGCUAAUUUAUUACCGAAAAUUGAAGAAGAACUAUCCAGUAGUGAAAGAAUGAUAAGACACGGCGAACUUAAGCAAUUAAAACAUAUUAAAUAUCAACUAAAGAACGAGACUAAAAACAGAGAAAGAACCCAGUUAAAAUAUGAAAUGUUUAAUUUUGGGGAGACCUCUGAUAAAUUGGAUGCCAAAACUGAUAUCAGAGACGUAGAAUUUCAUAUUUCAAAUGAUUUUAAGAGAUUACAAAACUUACUUAACGAGACGUCUGCUCAAAGUUACAAAGAUUUGAUGCUGUUAAAAAUAACAUUAACCAGUGGUUUCUAUCCACAAAUAGCUGUUGAAGAUGAACAUAACUCGUCUAAGACCGUUUCGGAAAAGUUAUACCACACGAAAAACAAAAAUUAUAUAUUUCUGAGACCCAUGAGUUAUUUUUGUACUAACAGUGAGAUACUGGAGCUGUCAAAUGAUGAAAUCGAAGUACCACCUUCAGGUUAUUUCAGUAAACGACCCAUCUCAAAAAAACACCAAAUUCUGGUCUAUCAAUCGAUUCUAGAAACAAAAAAAGUAUACCUAGUGAAUACCUUAAGAAUGCCCUGCAUCCAAACGUUGUUUCUAUUCGGAAAAACUAUAGUCACAAAUUCAACUUUAACAAAGUUUGUCGUUGAUGAUUUUUUAAGUAUAGACGCUCCAUAUUUUGGACAGGGAAAAAAUCUAUUGUUAAAGGCAUUAAAGUUGAGAAAAAAAUGGGAAGAAAAAUUGGAAGCAAAGUUAAGAGAUCCCAUGUUAAAACAAAGUGAUAAAGAAAAGGAGGAUAUAUUUUAUUUUAUUGAAGAUUUAACAAGCUAUAUGAACCUACAAAUUUCGUAUAACGUCAAAAGGUUACUUCCUGCUGACCUGAAAGACUUAUAUACAUUUUCUUCUGAGAAUUUUCUCAAUAUUGACAAACAAAAAAAUCCUUUUGAUAGAGAAUAUUCCAUGCAUCCUAACAUAAACAAAGGUGGAUUUAAUGUGACAAAUAAUAUAGUUUUUGACGGGUUAUUACCAGAAGAAUGGUCAGAUCGUCUUGAACAAGAAGUUUUUCUUACAGAACAUCCCUGUAAGCACUGUAACCAAACCUUUUCUAAUAAAUCUUUAUUUGAAACACUUCAACAUGAUGAAUUCUGUGAAUCAAAGUUGAUUGAUGUCAAGCAAGAGGUGAUUGAGGAAAGAAACACGGCUUUGAAAAGUAACUCUAAAAAAUGGUUUUGUCUUACAUGUAAUAAAGAAUAUGUUUUAACUCCUACAGAAGUAUUAAGGCACAAAAAAAGUUGUAAGCCUUAAAAAUAUUAGUAAUAUAUUUCUUCCAAUGUGUUUUACUUGUUUUAUUUACCUGUUGC